AUGGCAAAACACUACAAAGUUCUCUUUCUAGUCCUCUCCAUCUCCUACCUCUUCUCAGGGGAGCUCACUGCCGCCGCCACAGCGACUACCACCACCAAAAAGGCCCUAAGCUUCAUCAAAUCCUCUUGCAAAACCACGACGUACCGAUCCUUGUGCGUCCACUCUCUCUCCACUUAUGCCAAUACGAUCCAAACAAACCCUCAACGCCUCAUAAAAACCGCUUUAGCAGUGACCAUGAAACAUGCCCAGUCCACCAAGCUCUUAGUCUCGAACCUAAAGAAUAGCCAGUACCGAACCCUCCAGGACUGUGCACCGAGCCCGUACGUUUUCACCAUUGACCGUCUGACCGAAGCGGUCCGAGAGCUGAAGCUUUCUGACAGUGAGAGUGUUCAAAGCCAGUUUUUGUUUCACGUGAGCAAGACGCAAGCGUUGUUCACUUCGGCUUCGGAUGACUGGGAGGUGGAGAACACUUGCUCAGGCCGGUUCUCGAGCACGGCGAAGUCAGUCCAGGCCCGGCUAGUUAACUUGCGCAAGGAAACAAGCAAUGUCAUGUCUUUGUUUAACGCCUUUGCUAAGUAG